AUGUGCGGGGACUCUUACACUGGGGAGCGGAAGCACGAGUACGGUGGCGUCUCAGCCACCGGGACCAUCACCGGGACCUACACCGAAGGCCAGGUCGUCAACCUGACGACCGUGAUCACCGCAAGCCACAAGGGGAGGUUCACCUACAGGGUGUGCGUCAUCGAGGAUCCAGCCUCAGAGCUCGCGGAGCUCACUGAGGAGUGCCUGGACAAGCACGUCCUGGUGCAAGCCGACGUGGCCGGAGCUCAGAACCCUGGCAGCCCCUACUGGUACGAUCGGGGAACCGGUUCCUACACCAUGUCCUACCAGCUGCCCCAGGGUCUCACCUGCGACGGUGUCAACGCGCGCUGCGUGAUGCAGUGGUACUAUCUCACUGGCAACUCUUGCGAGCCCCCUAAUACCGACCCCAAGUACGCCAGCCCACAGCUGCCGAGCUGCGGAUCCAACAACGCGUACCCCGAGGAGGACGCCACGUGCGGCUGCUCUGGAGGAAAGUCUGGCCUCUUUGCCGACGUCGCCGGCGGCUGCAAGGGCUUCUUCAACUGCGGCUCCAGCGGCAGCCACUACAUGGCCUGCCCCAUCACCACGCUCUUUAAUCCGGCCACCAAGAACUGCGACUGGCCGUCUGCAGUGACCUGCAAGGCCUGA